CUUUGCUUUUCUCUGUUUUCCUUUGCCAUGAGCUCAAACACGAAGAACAAUUACAAGUUCUCUGUGAAAAAAGCGAGAACAAGAAGACGACACCGAAGAGCCUACCCGUCAUCUCUCUGGACUCGCUCACGUGCUUGCAGAGCGAGAAGAAGCUUGAAGCACAUGGAGGCCAAGUCCAAGCUCUCCGACAAGCUUCAGGUGUUGAAGAAGCUAAUCCCAGGUCAGAGUGGCGAGACGAUAAAAUCUGAUCAGUUGUUCCAGGAAACUGCCGAUUACAUCGUUCUACUGAGAACCCGGGUCGUGAUUCUGCAGAAACUCAUCGAGUUUUACGGCAAGGUUUCUGAGAAUGAAAAUGCUGCAUCAUAGUUCCAAUCCUGUAUCUCCUGGUUCUUUUAUCUUUUUCUUUUCCCCCCCUCCUCUCACUCUUGCUUACUUUCUACCUCUUAUUUUGAGUUUUGAUUAUCGGAAAAGAGAAAUCUGAGAUCUUUAUCUUGGUAGGUUGCCUCUUUAAUGCUUGUUACGGCAUUUCGUCAGAUUUUCUUUUUGGCAGAACAUAAGGUAAUGAGUAAACCAGUGGUGAAAGCUUGUAAAUAAACUCGAUGC